GGCGGAUGCCGUCCUGGAGCGCUACGUGCAGAGGUUUGCCUCCGAGCCCUGGGACUCGCUGGCCGGGGCACCGGCCGGCCCAGGGCCCGCGAGCGGAGGGCGCGAGGCGGACACGCCGGCCGCCCGGCGCGGGCUCAUCGCUGCCGCGUCGGGGCUCCUCCGCGAGGUCUUCGCCGGCUGCGAGGCGGCGGCGGAGAGGGACUUCCUGCUGGGCGUGCUCCAGGAGGGUUUCCUGAACCGCACCAUGGGCAUGUUCGAGCUGGUCAACAUGUGCGUCACCGUGGCCCACCCGCUGGCGCUCUGCGGCGAGCGCCUCUGCGAGCUGCUGGGCCGGGAGGCUCUGGCGCGCGUGGCGGAGCUGCAACGCGCGGCGGAGGAGGACAGCGACAGCGACAGCGGCGGCAGCUCAGAGGCAAAGAGAGGGGCCCCGAGCAGGGCGGCGCCGAGGGGGAGAAGGCCCGAGACGCCGCGGAGGAGGCCGCGCGCGCCGGCACGCUCUUCGCCGCAGUGCUGGGCGGCGCCCUGUGCGAGCCCGUGGCCUUCACGAACCACUCCUGCAGUCGGAGGGGGAAGCACGGCACGAGCACAGUGUCUCUGCACUCUCCUCGCGGGCUCCUCGGAUCGGCGCUGGGCCUCCCGAGGACGGCGCCUCCGGCGCCGCCCCUGGCGAGCUCCGAGGGCGCGAGGGAGGAGGGCCGGUGCGCCUAUGCAAGAAAUCCGCGCGGGCUUCCGAGAAGCGUUAUGCUUAUGCAGUCCUUCGCUCCUCUGUGCGUGCCGAACUGCGAGAUCGACUUCUCCACCCCCGGCUGGUCCGCCGCUUCCACGCGCCCGAUCCACGCGCGCGGACCCGGCCUCUGGAUGAGCGCCGCCGCCCUGAGGCCUCUGGUGCCCGGUGACGAGGUGCUCAUGGCGUACGUGCCCUCGGUCGUCUGCAAGCCGUACGCCGUGCGGCAGCGCCGCAUGCUGAGGUUCGGGUUCGCCUGCAGGUGCCGCAGCUGCCUCACCGACGAGGGCCUGCUGGAGGCCGAGGCGGCGCUGGCGGGGCGCCUCGGCGGGGGCCCGGACCCCGAGGGGCGAGGGCUGGCCUCGGGG